AUGUCAUUAACCGGUAGAACUCGAGCACAAAGCCUACUGGGCCAUAAAGACCCUAAAUUAAGUUAUACUGCCGCAGGUGAAAGGAGGCUAUUAGAUAUCAACAAAUUGGAAGAGAUUAGAUUAGAUGCCUACGAGAAUGCUAAGAUCUACAAAGAAAGAACAAAUAAGUGGCACGAUAAGCGCAUCUUUAGGAAGGAAUUCAACGUAGGAGAUGUGGUGCUACUGUUUAACUCUCGACUUAAGCUCUUUCCUGGAAAACUUCGUUCAAGAUGGUCUGGUCCAUUCGAAGUUACUAAGGUAUUUCCGAGUGGCGUUGUCGAAAUUAAAGGAAAAUCAAGCGAUAACUUCAUUGUAAACGGGCAGCGAUUAAAACAUUACCACAUUGUUAAAAACAAAGACUAUACUGAUAGUCUUAAACUCGUAGAGUUAAUCGUCGAAUCGAAAAACUAA